UAACUAUCCCUUGCCCUCCCGGCGCCAGUAAUGCCAGACAACUGGAGAAAGGAGUCCGCCGCUCGGAGGUAUGACUCAAAAGCCGAAUCGUAGUCCAUCAUUCGCUCUUGCCGAGUGGCUAGCAUUAUAUGCGCCUGAAUUACACAUUAGAAAGGCUAUAACAAAUCAAUGUGGGCUUAGUUCCAACCUCCGCUUGCUCCUUCGUAAUGCCCAUGGUGAACGUAAAGAGAGGACAACGCGUGACGUGACGUGUCCGGUACCGCAUACGUCACGCUCUGUCACGCUCUUCCCACCGCUGUGGCCGACGCCACACAAAGCCAUAUUAUUUGGCGGGCCCCCUUGUAUAUAGCCGCCCAAAUUUCCUCUUCCAACACAGAUCCAAAUCCUCUCAUUAUUCAAUGUUUGACGGACUUACUCAAAUUAUUUAUCAGAACGAUCUCCGUUUCGUCCUUCUUUGUAACGAAUUUGAAGGUUCCUGGUGCAUCGAACUCGGUCUGGUCUUCGGAGAAGAGCGAAGAUGGUGGAAGCAUGUCCCCAGAAAGGGCGCGACUCAGACGCAGGUACAUACAGACGAUAUAGUGACCGGUAUUAUAGCAGGAGAGCUCUUCGUGGCUGGGUGGAAUGGGAGCCAUAGUGAUUCACUCGUACUCUCCAUUCUUCCUUCGGGCCCCAGGCCUAUAAAUCUGACACUCGAGGAGUAUUCUCGAGAGGAAUCAAAAUCAAAGGCAGAAGAACUCCUCUUCCAAAUUGCCGUCAAAGCUGGCAGACACGGUUGCAGAUUAUGGCAUGUGGAUUCGGACGGGACUAAGCGGGAGAAUGUGCAAGCCGAAGAAGUCGUAAAACUCAGGGCGGAAGCUGCGAAAACUGAGGAAACACUCUCCAUCUAUAAGGAUCAGGUCAAGAGACUUGAAGGAGACCUACUUCGAUAUGGGCCGCCACCAAAACAAUCCAACGUGAAGAAACUCGUUCAAAUGCCGAAACGAGUGACAAAAGGGAAAUCUGGUCUAGUUCGUAUGGAUUUUACCUCCGGGUCUGAUGACGGGGCAGCCCCGGUGCCUCAGAAGAGAGUUGCACCUUCGACCUCUCCAAAAGUUUCACCGGACAGCAAGCGAGCGAGGGCCGGACCAUCUCGAAAGACCCAGGCGUCUAAGGACUUCGAGACAGAUACUGAUUAGUUUUCUAAUUUUUUAGUACAUAACUCAAGACUAUCCUCGUAUUUAUUGUGUCCGUCCCGAUAUGUAUAAUACUUAGAAGCUUGGUCUUCUUGCAGAGAAUUACAUCGCGCGUAAUCGCGG